GUCGCGGGUCAGGCCUGUGUGGAGCUUCAUGUUUCUCUGUGCUCGAUUGGGGGGGACUUGGCAGAGAUGUGAAACUCCCAUUGAUUGAUCUUCACACACUCCCCGCUGACCAGAGAAAACACUCGAUAGCGAAUGCGAGAGGGGAUUUAAAUUGGACAAAUAUUGUCCUCGUUACUUGACUGAUAAGGUAGCUAUCUGUUUUCUUAUGCGGUCUGAGGUAAUCCGCUAUUAGCAUUGUUUAACGACUAGCCUAACGGGGAUACAGUGCGACGUUAGCUAGCUUGUAAUGUCGACACUGUUGGACUUGUUUUCCCCUCUAGACCCCGCUUCCUGUUAGCCUUGGGCUAACUGGAAAAUCGAAAUUAUGCUAAUGAACGAGCAGGUAUAGUUAACCAACGCAAAGGGGUGUAACUUUAAUACUUACAAUUGGCUACCCGUUGCAAUUUAUUUGGAAUUUAUUCACGAAUCUAUGCUAAUAACUUUGUUUCACAGCCAGCUAUCAGAGCAGCUGGCUUCCUUUAGUUUGCUAACGCGCGACAGCUAGCCAUCUUGCUUGUGUUGGGGGGAUUUAAGUAUUUAACUUGACAAGCUUUUGGUGGUAAAGGGCGAGCGAUAUUAACUUUAGUUGCAUGUUAAUAUAUGCGUCGGCAAUGGGCUCAUUCGUAUAGGACUCAAUUGCGUGCUACUAAUGCCUUAAAAAUACUUUAUCUUCCUGUGGAAAGCCUGACAGAUUCACUGUGAAAAGACAAUAGAGAACCCGAGACUUGCUCAGCUGUUCUGGUAACGACGAAAACCACUAGUCUAGAGAAAAUACUAUUUUGAUUACUCUUUUGUUAUACUGCAUGCUGAUAUAGGUACAAUAUUUUUGUAAGUACUUGUGUACGUUCACAGUCGGUAUAAAUAAAUUCCACGGUUUCCGUUGACUCGCACCGAUAGCUCGGGAGACAGUGGAUGGAGUCGGUGCUUGUGCGACAUAUGAGGGCUGUGCUUCCCUUAACCCGCUGCUUUCAGGUAUCUCAUCUCAUUAUAUUCAAACAACAGCUUUAAAUGCCUCAAACACUCGCAGUAGCCGGUCGUCAUCAGAGGUAACUAGGUGGAUAGAGAGAAGCGGUCUGAAGAGGGAGGCUCCUGCCCGUUUCUGGACGUCCAUCUCUCCCCUUCAUCACGUCCAUCCAGCACCGCCCUCCCCAGCCAUGGACCCCCCGAGGACUCGGUCGCGGUCUCGGUCUGGCUUCUAUCAUUUCGGCAUGAACGGCAACGUUGGCAGCAAUGGCAUUGGUAACGCAGUUGGUAACGGGAGCAUGAUGAACGCCAGCGGAGGAGGGGUGAGCUACCCGCAGCAGAGCAACCCCGGCUGGGCGCCGCACCACGGAGGUCGUAGCUACCCGGAGAGCCAGCAGCAGCACGCCCAGGGGAGCUACCUGUCCGCGGGGGUGCAGCGCCACUCUUCGCACGGAGCCCACAGACACCCCGGAGCCGGAGGAGUGCUUCAUUUUCAUCCAGAUAAUGUAUGCAGCGAGGAUCGGGACAAAAUGGAAGACAGCCCAAGCCCCAAAAGGCAGCGUCUUUCCCAGCAGACCAUGUUGGAUCUAAACUCCGCCCCUCCCUCUACUCCUUCCUCUCCCAUUCGUCCCUGGGAGCUGCCUCCCAGUCGCAGACCACACCCCCACUACAUGCCAGAGAGAUGCCACACGCCUGUCCGCAACCGACGCAGCCCUCCAAUGAGACGCCAGCGUGGCCGGAGAGACCGUCUGACCCGCCAUCACCACCACGCCCACAACAACCACCACCACUACAACAGCAACAACAACAACAACCACCACCACCACCAUCACCACCCAAACGCCCACCAUCACCACCACCACCACCACCACCACCUGCUCUCCCACCACGGCCCGUCGCCAGGCCACCAGGAUGAGAACUACCGUCACCCGGCUCCCCCUCAGGGCUACCCACCCUACAGCCAGCAAUCUCCCCGAGGGCUGGGGCCCGGGCUUGAUGAGCGCCCAGUUCACCAUCCCCCAAAUCCCUCCCCGAGGCCUCUCCACCAGUCACCGAACCUGUCUCCCAGGAUGCUGCAUCCUGCGGCCCAUCCACAGCACCCACACCCAUCCCAGCAGAGCAGUUUGGUGCUGGACCUCCAUGAGCAGGGUUCAGUUCCAGUGUCGUAUCCAGUGUCUCCUCCGGGAGUGCCACCAGGCCUGCCGCCUCGCUCCGCCCCUCAGCAGAUCCCAGCAUGCUCGGUAGUAUUCAGUGGACAGCACUAUCCUGUCUGCAGUGUCCCUCCUGUCCUUCAGACUUGUUCUGUGCAGCACUUACCCAUGCCCUACCCGUUCCCAUCACUGCUGUCCAGUGACCCGGCCUUCCUACUUCCCCCUCCUCACCUCACCCAUCCCCAAGCACACCUUUCCCACCACCCUCCUCACCUGCCCCAGCCCGGACAGUUCGGACCCUAUCCGACGCAGCAGGCCCGAUCACCGUUACAGAGGAUAGAGAAUGACGUAGAACUGCUUGGAGAACAUCUGUCUUUGGGUGCUGGGCUCCACUAUCCCCCUGCCACCCACCCUGCCCUCACACCGCACUCCACCCAGCUUCACUUCCUCUCCCAUGAUCCCCUGCCACAGGAGUUCUUCGGAGUGUCCUAUCCAAACUUUAUUCCUCGACGUCUCCCGGGGCGACGGUACCGUUCGCAACAGCCACUGCCACCUUCGCCUUACCACCCCAGCCUCCUGCCUUACUUCCUUUCAAUGCUGCCAGUCCAGCCCACAGGUCCUGCGAUCAGUCUAGAGCUGGAUGUAGACGAUGGAGAAGUGGAAAAUUAUGAGGCUCUCCUGAACCUCGCUGAGCGUCUGGGAGAAGCCAAACUCCGAGGACUGACCAAGGGAGACAUUGAACAGCUUCCUUCUUAUCGGUUCAAUCCAAAUAACCAUCAGUCUGAACAAACACUGUGUGUGGUGUGUAUGAGUGAUUUUGAGUCCCGCCAACUGCUGCGGGUCCUGCCCUGCAGCCAUGAAUUCCACGGGAAGUGUGUUGACAAGUGGCUGAGGGCCAACAGGACGUGUCCCAUUUGUCGUGCCGACGCCUCAGAGGUCCAGAGAGACUCGGAGUGACCACAUGAGGGAGCCAGAAGCUCGUAAUUGUCUGUUAAAACACAUUCAGCACUACCUGCUCCUGAUAUAUUGAUACACGUGUAUGUGCUUACACACGCACACACAUACACACAUACACGUCUACACACACACACACCACUUCCUCGUGUUUUUGUGCAGCACUUUCUGCUUGUUUGUUAUCCUUUCAAUCUUUAACCCUUUUCCCCACAAAUAUAUCUGAUUUUCAUCAGAUCCCGUCUUCAUUUUACUAUCUGUUCACAUGAAUGCAGGCCCUCACAUCUUUUAGAGACUUCCACCCUGCCUGACAACUAUUCUGCUGUGGUUUUUGUGUGUGUGUGUGUGUGUGUGAGAGGGAGUGUGUGUGUGUGUGUGUGUGUGUGUGUGUGAGAGAGAGAGAGAGAGAGAGAGAGAGAGAGAG